AUGGCCCACCAUCUUGCCCACCAUCUCGCCCACCCAGCCCGCCGCGACUCCGCCUCGGCAACCAUCAGGCUCUCGUCCCAGAGGGGCUGCUUUGGGCUGGCUGGGCCGGGUUUUCCUUUGCCCUGGGAAGCCUGGCCGCCUGUUGCCUGGGUUGGCUUGCGCCGCUUGGUUGGCUUUGGCUUGGUCUCUUGUUCAGACUGGAGCAAGGGUGACACACAGACCCCUCGUCGUAUCCAAGACAUUCAAUUUAUCCUGCCUUGUCCCGAGUGCAGCCCGCUCUACUCGAUCGGCAAAUUUCGCAUCAACACUCAAAUCGACAACUCGACGCCAAGGAGGUUCUAUGAAGAGGCGCUUCCCUCUCCCCUCUAUCGAUCCGUUGUCCAGCCCAACACGCCGCCUGAGUCUGUCUCUGGAAGUCCUAUAAUCAAGCUUGAGAGAUCAUCGCUCUCUGUCAAGACGGAUUGUUCGCCUGUUCCUAGACUUUCCAUUCCUGGGACUCGUUGCGUUGCCAAUAUUCGCCUACCUAGCCUCGAUGAAUUUGACCAGGGUGUAGAGGCUCUCGCGAGAGCCCACGGUGGUCAAGCCCCUUCAUGGACUCGUGCUACCUCACCUCACCCCAAGGCUGCCUGCCAGGCAGCCGCUCCUCCGGUUCUACCAUCUAUCCACGCCUACUCUUCGUCGCCUGUGUACUCUCCUCAGGCGUACUCGCCCCAAGACGCGUACUCUCCGUACAGCCACUCGGACUCUUUCAUGCACGGGCACUCGGGCUACCCCAGCCCGCCUCCGGACGGGGAAAACAGACACAUUAACCAAAAGUACUCGACGGAGGAGGGCGACUUUAUCAUCUACGCAUGGCACGACAAGAAGCUCAAGUGGCAGCGCAUCAAGCAGGACUUUGCGGCCAUGUUUGGAAGAACACCGGAGCGGACGGUGCAGGGCCUCCAGGCGUGGUAUUACCGAAUGAACCAGCGGAUCCCGCUGUGGGACAAGGAUGGCUGGCUGAUUUUCGAGAAUGAUGAAGAUUUGGAGCCCAAGCACAUCAGUAUCAAGUGCCGGGAGCGUGACAGCCAGGACCGACCGAUGGAGCCGCUGGGUCUGGCUCAACGGUACCCUGAGCGGGCCAUCAACUACAGUUGGGUGGAUCCGGAAGUCAAGCGCAAAUCCCGCGACUGGGCUGCCAAGCGCAUCGUACAAUACCGCGAACGCCGGGAGCGUCGCAAGAGAAAGGAGCAGCGUCGACUCAAGCUGUAA